AGGGGGAGAGCAGAUUGUGACUUCUUUGGACACAUCAGUUUUUCUGAUAUAAGUACACCACAUGAUGGCGAAGUAACACUCAGCAAACUACUUAAACCUUAAAGGAAUUAAAUCCCAAAUUAAAGUGGAAAAAACCAAAAUAACAUUGAAGAAGUUUAAAUUCUUAAGAGCUCCCAUACUAAAAAUACUCAGUGUCAGACUAAAAGACAUCUUGAUUUUGCCUAGCCAGAAAAUAAAAGGAGAAAAACUAAAGAACUGUGCCUGAGGGAAAAGGGAAUAGACGGCAUUUUUAGCUAGUCUUCCCAUACUCCAGCCUAUCAGUUUAUUCUGGAAGUUAAAGAAGUUAAAAUUUCCAGGAGAUUUGUGCAGUUCUACAGUUGAAGGACAAAGUGUAACAGGGAAACCAGAGACAAAUAAAGGUAGAUACUACCAUUUCCCAAGGGGAAAAAUUGAGUAAAAAAAUUCCACAAGGAGAUAAAUCAACAGUGAAUCUUUAAAACCAAGAAAAAUGGAUAGCAAUGAAGAAGAAAUUAUAGAGAUUUUAACAAGAGAAGUAAGACUCACAGAGGAGAAGUUUAGAGCUCGCAAUGAAGAAAAUAGAUUUCUCAAUGAAGAAAAUAGAGCUCUUAAUGAAGAAAAUAGAGCCCUCAAUGAAGAAAAUAGAUCUCUCAAUGAAGAAAACAGAGCUAUCAUCAAAGAAAAGAAGACUCUCAGUAUGGAAUUCCAAAAGACAAUGAGCAGAAUAGAUAAAAUUGAAUCUAUGUUAGAGCUUCUCUGUACAGAAGUAGAAAGUAUGCAACAAAAAUUAUCUGAUUUCCAACAUCAAUAUAGUAAGGUAGAUGAAAAUUUGGAAGAAGUAAUGAAUUUAAAAGAAGAAAUUAGGGAUGUGCUUUUGGGGGAAGUCACAGACCUUAAGGUAGAAUUUGAAGACACGAGUAGCAGGAUAGAAGAAAUAGACAACAAGUUGAAAAAAAUGUCUGAAGGAAAUGAGGUUUUGAUAGAGAGUAUAACAGGUUUGGAACAGAAAAACAGAGAAAAGGAAAAAUAUUUGGCUGGACAAAAGGAAAAUACAGCAACUUUACAAAAAAAUCUAAAUUUUAUACAUGCCAAAUUGAUUGACAUUGAUGAUAAGAUGCGCAGAAAUAACUUAAGAAUCAUAGGUCUUCCUGAAGAAGAGAAUACACCCAAAAUGCUAGAUAUCAUGGUGCAGAAAGUAAUACAAGAAAAUUGUCCAGAACUUUUGAUUACAGACAAAGAACUGAUCAAAGUAACGCACAGGUCACCACCGACCAAAAACCCAAUGUUCAGUACUCCAAGGCAUGUGAUUGUUACAUUUUAUGAUUUCAAUAAUAAACAAACAAUUCUAAGAGCAUCCAGGAGAAGGAUGUUUAAAUAUGAAGGAACACCAAUUCGUAUAACAGAGGAUUACUCUGGAGUAACAAGAAAUAAAAGAAGAGAAUGGAGUGAUAUAUUUCAAAAAGCUAAGGAACUUAAGCUAAAACCCAGAAUGCUAUAUCCUUCAAAAUUGAGCAUAAUCCUCAAUGAAGAAAAACUGAUCUUUAAUACAAAAGAGGCGUUUGAGGAAUUCCUGAAAGAAAGUCCUGCAAUGAGCAGAAUAUUUACCUGA